CCCAGAUGGUUAAUAUGUAAGCACUUCAGUAUUUACAGCUCCCCUUUUGGGAGAGGAAAGCCGCUCUGGCAGCGCCGGCGUGACCCAUCCGCCAUGCUCCCCCCAGCGCUCGUCUUGCUGUCGGGGUUUCUCUGCCAUGUUGCUAUCGCAGGACGAACCUGCCCCAAGCCAGAUGAGCUACCGUUUUCCACGGUGGUUCCAUUGAAACAGUCCUAUGAGCCCGGGGAGCAGAUAGUCUUCUCCUGCCAGCCGGGCUACGUGUCCCGGGGAGGGAUCCGGCGGUUUACGUGCCCGCUCACAGGACUCUGGCCCAUCAACACGCUGAAAUGCAUGCCCAGAGUAUGUCCUUUUGCUGGGAUCUUAGAAAAUGGAACGGUACGCUAUACAACGUUUGAGUAUCCCAAUACCAUCAGCUUUUCUUGCCGCACUGGGUUUUAUCUGAAAGGAGCUAGUUCUGCGAAAUGCACUGUGGAAGGGAAGUGGAGCCCAGACCUUCCUGUCUGUGCCCCUAUAACCUGCCCUCCACCACCCAUACCCAAGUUUGCAAGUCUCAGCGUUUACAAGCCAUUGGCUGGGAACAACUCCUUCUAUGGCAGCAAGGCAGUCUUUAAGUGCUUGCCACACCACGCGAUGUUUGGAAAUGACACCGUUACCUGCACGGAACAUGGGAACUGGACGCAGUUGCCAGAAUGCAGGGAAGUAAGAUGCCCAUUCCCAUCAAGACCAGACAAUGGGUUUGUGAACCAUCCCGCAAAUCCAGUGCUCUACUAUAAGGACACCGCCACCUUUGGCUGCCAUGAAACGUAUUCCUUGGAUGGACCGGAAGAAGUAGAAUGCAGCAAAUUUGGAAACUGGUCUGCACAGCCAAGCUGUAAAGCAUCUUGUAAGUUAUCUGUUAAAAGAGCUACUGUGAUAUACGAAGGAGAGAGAGUAGCUAUCCAGAACAAAUUUAAGAACGGAAUGCUGCAUGGCCAAAAAGUUUCUUUCUUCUGCAAGAAUAAGGAAAAGAAGUGCAGCUACACAGAAGAUGCCCAGUGCAUAGACGGCACCAUCGAGAUUCCCAAAUGCUUCAAGGAGCACAGUUCUUUAGCUUUCUGGAAAACGGAUGCAUCUGACGUAAAACCAUGCUAAGCUGGUUUUCACACUGAAAAUUAAAUGUCAUGCUUAUAUAUGUCUGUCUGAGAAUCUGAUGGAAACGGAAAAAUAAAGAGACUGAAUUUACCGUGUCA